AUGUUUCCAAACGAUUCCUCCUCGACCCCCAAUUCCACCGUCGAUACGACGCCGUUAAUGUGGGAGCAGGUGUUUCGCACCCGCCACCGCUUUCUGCGCCGUCCGCCGAGCCUCAGCGGCGCUGCGCGCUUCCUCCGGCAAGCCAGUAACCGGUCCCGCGCGAUGCGAGAGCCGUCUGUCCGCGUUCGCGAGGCUGCUGCUGAGCAACUCGAUGAGCGACAGAGCGACUGGGUGUACUCGAAGCCUAUAGUAGUACUGGACCUUAUAUGGAACCUAGCGCUUGUGAUUGUUUCGAUUUCUGUUCUGAUCAUUAGCAGGAAAGAUUCUCCGUCUAUGCCUCUGAGGCUGUGGAUUGUUGGCUAUGCUCUUCAGUGUGUGCUCCACACGGCGUGCGUGUGCGUGGAGUAUAAGAAGAGGUAUGCGCAUCGGAAUCUGGAAGGGAGCUCGAGGGAUGGGGUUAGGUAUAGUCGGAAUUACACUAGUUCGAGCUCGGGAAGUGAUGAUGGAGAGGCUGGGGAUUAUGAUUCCGAGCGCUGGCCAGAUGACGAGGAAACUGGCAUUGUGAAACAUCUGGAGUCUGCAAAUACAAUGUUCUCAUUCAUUUGGUGGUUAGUUGGGUUCUAUUGGAUAUCAGCUGGUGGCCAAAGUUUGACUCAUGAUUCACCUCAACUUUAUUGGCUUUGCAUCAUAUUUCUAGCAUUCGACGUGUUCUUUGUUGUUCUGUGUGUCGCAGUGGCAUGUGUCAUUGGAAUUGCUGUUUGCUGCUGUCUACCAUGUAUUAUUGCAAUCUUAUAUGCAGUAGCAAACCAGGAAGGAGCAACUAAGGAAGACAUUGAGAGACUCCCUAGAUACAAAUUUCGAAGAAUUGGUGAUUUUGAGAAACAAAAUGGUGAAAUUCAAGAAUUAUUUGGAGGAAUAAUGACUGAAUGCGAUACUGACUCUCCCACAGAGCAUGUUAUUCCUCUGGAAGAUGCUGAAUGCUGCAUUUGCCUUUGUGCCUAUGAUGACGGAACUGAACUGCGUGAACUACCGUGUCAUCAUCAUUUUCAUUGUACAUGUAUAGACAAGUGGAUGUGCAUCAAUGCGACAUGUCCUCUUUGCAAGCUCAACAUACUGAAAAACAGCAGUCAGAGUGUUGCUGAAGAAAUCUGGAAAUUUCGUGAUCUAAAUUCCAGUAGGUUCGCCUGCUUACGAUACUACAGCCGAUGUAUUUGUGAAUCAAGAGCCAUGGAUGAUACCUCGGGAGAUUUGGACGACCAGGAAUGCCAAGAUUACUAA